AUGAUCAGGCCACCGAGCGGUGUUCGCGUGAGUCUCCUGUCAGGUACACAUGAUCGGGAAACCGAACAGUAUACGCGUGAGUCUCCUAUGUCACGUACCCAUAAUCAGGCCACCGAGCAGUGUACGCGUGAGUCUCCAAAGUCACAUACACAUGAUCAGGCCAACGAGCAGUGUACGUGUGAAUCUCCUAUGUCUCUUACGUCACGUCCACAUGAUCAGGCCAUUGAGCAGUGUACGAGUGAGUCUCAUACGUCACGUACACAUGAUCAGGCCAUUGAGCAGUGUAUGAGUGAGUCUCCUACGUCACGUACACAUAAUCAGGCCACCGAGCAGUGUACGCGUGAGUCUCCAAAGUCACAUACACAUGAUCAGGCCAACGAGCAGUGUACGUGUGAAUCUCCUAUGUCACGUACACAUGAUAAGGCUACCGAGCAGUGUACGCGUGAGUCUCAAACGUCACGUACACAUGAUCAGGCCGCCAAGCAGUGUACGCUUGAGACUCCUACGUCACGUACACAUGAUCAGGCCCCCGAACAGUGUACGCGUGAGUCUCCUACGUCACGUACAGAUGAUCAGGUCACCGAGCAGUGUACGCGUGAGACUCCUACGUCACGUACACAUGAUCAGGCCAACGAGCAGUGUACGUGUGAAUCUCCUAUGUCACGUACACAUGAAAAGGCUACCGAGCAGUGUACGCGUGAGUCUCAAACGGCACGUACACAUGAUCAGGCCACCGAGCAGUGUACGAGUGAGUCUCCUACGUCACAUACACAUGAUCAGGCCACCAAGCAGUGUACGCGUGAGUCUCCUACCUCAGGUACACAUGAUCAGGCCACCGAUCAGUGUACGAGUGAGUCUCCUACGUCACAUACACAUGAUCAGGCCACCAAGCAGUGUACGCGUGAGUCUCCUACCUCAGGUACACAUGAUCAGGCCACCGAUCAGUGUACGCGUGAGGCUCCUACGUCACGUACACAUGAUCAGGCCCCCGAGCAGUGUUCGCGUGAGUCUCCUGUCAGGUACACAUAA